CCAAAUACGCGAACAAAAGAAUUCCUGAUUUGUUCUCGAGAGUAGUUUACUUAUCGUUCUUAGAGCCAGGAUGAAGAAAUUACGGUGAUAGGGUAUUUUGGAUUUUCUUUGAAUACUUCGCCGCGUGCUACUGUAGAAAUAAGAUUUGCAGUAGAAAAAUCCAACAGCGGUUGGAGGCCGAGGAGCCUUCUAAACCAUCUAGUAGAAAACGAUUAAGGAAUAAGGGAAGACGGGAGAAAAGCAACUAGCAAAAUGUUAACAUUACAGUUAGCGACCUUAUGCGUUAUUGCACUGUUUACAUCAUGGGCGAAUUCAGAGGAGUCCUGGUGCAAAGAUAACGAGCGAUGUUACGCAUACAGCGCAGAUCAGUGUAACGCAGACGAGUGGGUUCAGUUGAACUGCCCUAAGAUGUGUAACUACUGCACAGAUAAAUCAAGUACAGAAAAACAAGAUAUACCACAGUCCGCUGCCGCGCCAGCGCCAGCUUCAGCAUACCCAUCACAGGAUGCUGCAUAUCAAACGGGGUAUCCAGCCUACCAACAGGGAGGGCAGGCCUACCCUAGUGCGGCACCCGCCCCUGCUCCAGCUGCGCAAGCGUAUCCGUCAGCAGCACCUGCCACGGCAUACCCUACACAGGCGCCAGCUAACCCCACAGCGGCACCGGCGACAGCCUACCCCGCACAGGCGCCAGUUAACCCCACGGCGGCACCGGCGACAGCCUACCCUGCACAGGCGCCAGUUAACCCCACGGCGGCACCGGCGACAGCCUACCCCGCCCAGGCGCCAGCUAACCCCACGGCGGGAACAGCGUACCCCACCCAGGCACCAUUUAACCCCACGGCGGCACCGGUAUACCAAACAGCGGGUCAGCCUGCUCAAAGUAACCCUACUCAGUCUGCGCAACCGAUGGGAAAUUUCUUUGCUGCAAACCAAGAACAAGCUCAUCUGGCAGCCACAGGUGCUGCUCCUACAGCGGGUUACCCAGCACCAGCACAAGCUGCUACCUACCAGGCAGCCGCACCGUCUCAGGGCAAUCCCACGCAGGCUCCUGCCUACCCAACAGGUGCUGCACCGACAGCAGCAGCGCCAUCCUACAUGCCAUCAGGGCAGAACUCGUAUAACGCGCAGGUGCACAGGAACCCUCCCUUUACCGUGAACAUCCCGCCAAAGCCUGAGGAGGCUCAACAGAAUCGUAACGAAACAAUCAAGAUCUCUUUGGUCGACAAUCACCCAACUGGUCAACCUAGUCAGAACGAAGUAACGCUCGAGCCAAGCAUUAAAGACGGCAAGGAGAAUACGCGGAUCUCAUUUAUUGAUGAAAAGCCAACAGCAGCGCCACAGAGUUUUGUAUCGUUACCUCCUUCGAAUUCAACUCAACAGACGAUCCGAGUUUCUUUCGCGGGGCAACAGACUGGCUCUCAGGAGCCUACUGGGCCCCCAUUACAGAGGAACGUUACUGUUUUAUUCACGGGGUUUGAAAACGAGACGGUUAGCGUGCCACUGAGGAAUACGAGCGCUCCGCUACCAAUAAGGAACAUUUCAGUGAACUUUAACAGGGAACAGCAGGCGAAGACCUUCAAUGUGCCAGAAAGCACGACACGAGGGUGGGGUGGCCGCGAGCCACAGGAGAACGUAUCGGUGUCAUUCCGCGCGAAGGAUAACUAUGUGAUCGUCCAACAAAACACUGGAAAUGAUGGAAACUGGAGUCCAGCCAUUCCGACAGAAGAUUACAGGCCGCCUUGGUGUGAGGACCACGCUGGAUGCAGUCAUUACCCAGCAACCUCUUGUGCUCAGGACUGGAUGCAGUCCAACUGUCCGGCCAAAUGCGGACUGUGCGGAAACGAUCAAGCAAACCGAAGCAACCCUAAACAACUCAGCGUUACCGUGCCAACGGAGCUGACGUCAUCACUUGAGACUUCCCGUGAGCCCGUAGUAGUGAAGAUAGCCACGGAAGGCGGCAUUGCCGAGAUCGCGAGAGGACAGAAUGGACCAAUCAUGGAGAAGAUAUUGGUUCAGCUCCCAGGAAGCAUUGCAGGAUACACCAACACCAACUCCGGUGCGGCAGCAAACAGCACUGACAUCCCAGAAUCGAGAACCUGUUUCGAUCACGAUGAGUGCACACAGUACUCACAAGUUCAGUGCAAUGAGGAUUGGCUCAAGAUCAACUGCCCCAAAAAGUGCAAGUACUGCAGACCCGUGUGCGAAGAUACAAGCGCUGAUUGCAACCGUUACUCGAUCGAAAACUGCGACAACGACUGGAUGAAGGAGAACUGCAAGAAGUCGUGCGCGAGAUGUGAAGGAGUUGAUUAUCAACAAGAAGAUACAAGUAAAUUGCAUCCUACAACAGACAACGUGGCGAUCUCGGCGCAAGUCGGCACGGGAAACGUUACCGUUGAACCUCCCGAAAAUGCACGUUGUUACUACGACGGUAUGGAGCAUGCGCACCUUGAGCGCUGGUCCCCAGGCCCCUGCACGCCACAGUGCGAGUGUGAUAAUGGGAAGAUCCACUGUACGGUGAUUGAGUGCCCAAAGCUGAAAUGCAAGAAUGCUGUCAAGAAGAGAUGGAAGUGCUGCUCGGAGUGCCCGCCUGAGUCAGGUCUAAACUCGCACUGCACGGAAACAUCGAGGGGCGGAUGCUGCGUGUUUCCAUUCAUUUACAAAGACAAAUCUUACACUGAGUGCACGACUGAAGACUCCUUAGAGCCUUGGUGCGCUCUCACGGCGAACUUUGACGUCGACGGGAUGUGGGGAGCGUGUGGAGCCAAGAAGUCGAACCAGCCCAACGCGGAAAAGACUAUCAGGGUCAGUUUCAUGUCGAACGGAUUCCACGAUGAACCGAUCUCCAAACACCACUUCCUAGCUGAAGGUGUGGUCCCGGGCCUGUACUCCUCAUGGACAGAGUGGAACACGUGUUCUACAAGCUGCGGAGGUGGAACUCAAGAGCGCCGGCGACUGUGUCAGAAUCCCACGCAUGCCGUAAGCGGGGCAGACUGCUCGGCUUUGGGACCCGCUCUGGAGACAAGGGAGUGCAACGCUAGAGCCUGCCCCAUCGAUGGAGCCUAUAAUGACUGGAGCGAGUGGUCCAUAUGUGACGUCACUUGCGGUGGCGGAGUACAACAGCGCUACAGAGAUUGCACCAGUCCCUCGCCGUCCUUAGGUGGCCGCGACUGCGUCAAAACGGGACUGGGUCCAGCUGUCGUUACACGAACUUGUAACGAUGUACAAUGUCCAACACACGGAAUGUACACAGACUGGACGGGUUGGAGCACAUGUGACAAGUCUUGUGAUAAGGGCAAGAGAAAAAGGUUCCGGUAUUGCACAAACCCUCCCCCAGGGCCUGGCGGUCAUGACUGCUCAUGGUACGGGCCAGCAGAGGAAGAGGAAUGGUGUAACGACAAGCCUUGCGAAGUUGACGGUGGAUACUCGCAGUGGUCCCCAUGGACACCGUGCAGCAGGUCAUGUCAGGCAGGUGUCGUGUCGCGUCACCGCAUAUGCAACAGUCCCGCUCCUUCCUCUGGAGGAAAGGACUGCUCUAAUCUCGGACAAGGAUUCGAACAAAUGCCAUGCUUUCGGGAUGCUGACUGCCCUGCCACGGGUAACUGGUCAAGAUGGUCUGAUUGGACUGAAUGUACGAGAUCGUGUGGAGGUGGUGUGCAGUUUAGAAGUCGAGACUGCUUCCAAGAUGAUGCGACGUAUUGUACUGGAGAGCGCGUGCAGUCAAGGCUAUGCCAGAGUCAACAUUGCCCAGUAAAUGGAAACUACACGGAGUUUUCUGAAUGGACACCAUGUUCUACCACAUGUGGUGUGGGUAUCAAGACAAGAAAGAGGAGUUGUACCAAUCCUGCACCUCAGUUUGGUGGCAAAUCCUGCCAGGAACAAGGCAUGGGGCUAGAGGUUGAGCACUCUCAUUGCUACAGGCGAAUGUGCCCAAUUCAUGGUAAUUACACCCCCUGGACGCCCUGGACUGAGUGUUCAAAGUCAUGUGGUCCUGGUAUAAGAACCCGUGAGCGAACCUGUACUAACCCUCCCCCCUCCAGUGGUGGUCUCGACUGCCUGCGAUUUGGCAAUUAUGCACAGAGUGUUCAGUGUUAUGUGGCUGACUGCCCGAUCAAUGGAAACUAUUCCGCCUGGUCUAACUGGACUUCGUGCUCGGCGACAUGCGGUGAAGGUACCAUGACCAGAUCGAGACUUUGCGACAACCCGGAGCCCUUACACGGCGGCAAAGACUGCUCAAUGCUUGGACCGCGACUCGAGGCUAAAGUCUGUAGGAUGAAGGAGUGUGAUGUAAAUGGCGCGUACGGAAUGUGGUCUGGAUGGAGCACAUGCAGCAAGUCAUGCGGUCGAGGCUUCAGAAAAAGAACACGUGUCUGCAACAACCCCCCACCGAUGCAUGGUGGGAAGAACUGCUCCGAGCUAGGACUGGGAGACAGCGAAGAAAUAGGACACUGCUUCGACCGGCCCUGUCCUUUGGAUGGGGCGUACAAUCCGUGGUCGGCUUGGUCGACUUGCUCUGUGUCAUGCGGCGGUGGAGUUAUGUUCAGGCACCGGAACUGCACCAGUCCUCUGCCAAUGCAUGGGGGCAAGGACUGCUCUGCUUUUGGUCCAUCUACUAUGAGCUCAAGCUGCCAAGAUGAGCCCUGUCCUGUCAAUGGUAACUACGGUUACUGGAGCUCCUGGAGCGAGUGCGACAAGACUUGUGGAGGCGGCAAGCGAGUGCGCAUGCGUUCAUGCACAAAUCCCACACCUCAGUUCGGCGGCUCAGACUGCAGCGUGCUUGGUCCCGAAACUCAGACAGAGCGUUGUAUGAUCAAUACCUGCCCAGUGAAUGGUAACUAUAGCAACUGGUCAUUGUGGACACCAUGCUCAGUUACGUGUGGCGUUGGAAUUAUGGAGCGAAACCGAUUUUGCACCAAUCCGCCACCGGCUCUUGGAGGCCGUGACUGCAGUGAACUGGGGCCGGAGACGGAAAAGAAAAGCUGCGAGCUCGUUGAAUGCUCAUCUCACUGCACGUGUGGGGCCUGGGCGCCAUGGUCCACGUGCACGGCCACGUGUGGUGGAGGCUUCCAGGAGAGGACAAGAGACUGUGUACCACCCAAGCACGGAAAGAUGACGUGUCAGGAUGAGCUGAAGGAGACAAGACUCUGUCGACCCGAACCAUGCCCAAUCGAUGGCAAGUUCGCCGAAUGGUCUCCAUGGACGCCUUGUUCUGUCUCUUGUGGCAUUGGACUCAAGAACAGAACUCGGUACUGCGCACAGCCACCACCCAUGUUUGGCGGUAAGACGUGCGCUGAGCAGGCCCUGGGACCGGCGCUAGAAGUGUCAAACUGCUACCUGAUGCCAUGCCAAGUUAAUGGCGGCUACACCGACUGGGACGACUGGUCUGAAUGCUCUAAAUCAUGCGGGGUCGGAAAGAAAAAGAGAAGGCGUUACUGCACAAACCCUGAGCCCGCGUAUGGAGGACUAGGGUGUGAAAGGCUUGGCAAGCCACUGGAGGUUGUCGAGUGUUUCAACUCUGAGUGCCCAGUUCACGGCAAAUAUACACCCUGGACCGGAUGGUCUUCCUGUACCAAGACAUGUGGAUUUGGAAUCGAGACAAGAUGGCGGACAUGUUCCAAACCGGAGCCAAUGCACGGGGGGCGAGACUGUACGGAUCAAGGAGACCCUGAGCAAACACGUCCCUGUCAGAACAUACCAUGUCCCAUUCACGGUAACUACUCUAGUUGGUCCAGCUUCGGUGCAUGCUCGUCCUCAUGCGGCAAAGGCGUCAAAACGAGGACGCGGUCGUGCAGCAAUCCCGAGCCUGAGUACGGCGGUCUGACGUGCAGCGAGCAGGAAAUGGGACCUAAUACCGAGGUGUUAGACUGCCUUUCCCGGGAUUGCCCAAGUGACGGUAAAUGGGGGACGUGGUCUGACUGGGGGAGCUGCUCGGCAAGCUGCGGUCCCGGAAAGCGCAUACGAACACGAGAAUGUAACGACCCUGCGCCAAAGAGUGGCGGUAAAAUGUGCGAGGGAGCCAAGCAACAAACAGGCCACUGCGAGUUCAGCCCAUGUCCGAUUAAUGGCAAUUACACGGAGUGGAGUAAAUGGACCGAGUGCGAUCGGCCAUGUGGGACAGGAAUGAUGACGCGAUGGCGCUCAUGCGCGAACCCCAUACCCCAGCACGGCGGUCAGCUAUGUGACUACAUCGGACCAGAUACGGAGAGGAAGGCGUGCACCUUUGGCCCUUGUAAAACUGACGGAAGCUGGAGUUCGUGGACGGAGUGGAGCGACUGUACGCAGGAGUGUGGAGAUGGCGUCCGUACCAGGUCUCGGUACUGCGAUAACCCUUCACCAGCAGCAGGGGGCAGCGACUGCGCGGGAAAAAGCGAAGAGUACACAUACUGCAAAAAGAGGGACUGCUGUGACGUUCGUUACAAGUCAGUCGGUUGCUAUCGCGACCUUCACCUGACUCCACGCCCCAUGCCUGAACUUCUCUUGACGGAUGUUGACAAGGCAAGCAAUAUGUACACUGGUGUACAGAUGGAUGACCAACAGCUUCCAACGUACCUCCCAGAUCUUGUCUGCAGGUGUGCAAAGAUGGCGAACCUCAAAGGUUACUCUCACUUCGGACUCCAGGAUUACGGUUCAUGUUGGUCCGGGUCCCGUUCUGGGAUGACCUAUGACAAGGACGGUAUACAGGGGGCAUUUAUACAGAAGCCCGCGCCACACCCCUGGUUAGGCUGUAUCAACAAGAAUGACCAGCAGUGCGACAACUCAGACAAAUUCUGCGUCGGACAGGAGAGCUCGAACUUUGUCUACACUUUCUACAACAUCACACCCGUGGAUGGCGGCUACAGUGACUGGUCGGAGUGGACCGGAUGCUCAAAGACAUGUGGCACUGGUUUUAGGUCUCGUAUAAGGAACUGUACUAACCCUGUGCCUGACUACGGCGGUAAUGACUGCUCUAGACUUGGAGACAACGUAGAGACACAGUCAUGUGAUUCUGGUGUCAAAUGCCCAGUUGACGGUGAGUUCAGCGACUGGACUGAGUGGACCAAGUGUACAUCGUCUUGCGGUAAAGGCGUCCGCUCACGCAGCCGCUCAUGUACAGCGCCAGCGCCAGAAUUAGGAGGCAAACCAUGCGUCGGACCAACCGAGCAAACCAUGGCCUGCGACUACGGAGAUUGUCCUGUAAAUGGUACUUGGUCGCCAUGGACGGGAUGGCAGUCGUGCUCUGCCACAUGUGGUGAUGGUGUCCAGAGCAGAACCCGAACGUGCAACUUCCCGCAGGAUGCAAAACCAGGUUCCAUGUGUGAGGGAGAUGAUACUGAACAGAAGCCCUGCAAAAUUAAGAGAUGCCCUGUGAAUGGCAACUUCACGUCAUGGUCAUCGUGGACAGAGUGUAGUCGAUCUUGCGGCAAGGGAAUCAUGAGUCGCUAUCGAGAUUGUUCCAACCCGACGCCGAGAUUCGGCGGAAAGAACUGCAGCCACAUUGGAUCAGCCAGGGAGGUGGUGCACUGUAAUCCGCAAAACUGCCCAAUCCACGGUAACUGGGGUGCGUGGAAGAUGUGGAGUUUCUGUUCCUCUAAGUGUGGGCCUGGCAAGCGCGAGCGCAUCCGCAAAUGUGAUAACCCCGCGCCCAGAUAUGGUGGUGCCGGCUGUCCGGGAUCCGACCGUCAAAUCAUGCCUUGCAGCUUGUCUGACUGUCCAGUUGAUGGCAAUUGGGGGCAAUGGUCUGAAUUUACACACUGCUCAGCUACUUGCGGCGCGGCUAAACGCUCAAGGACGCGUAACUGCGACAAUCCACCACCAGCACAUGGAGGCAAAUCUUGUGAAGGCGAUGAAAUGGAAGAGGUCUACUGCGAUCUUAAUCCUUGCAUGGUGCAUGGCGGGUACACGGAGUGGGGAGGCUGGACCCAAUGUGCUGUCACGUGUGGAGGCGGUAAGCGGCAGAGAUCACGUGCCUGUACCAGUCCCACGCCUGAAUUCGGGGGUCUUAACUGCACCCAUCUUGGUCCCGAUGUCCAGGAAGACGAUUGCAACACCAGGCCUUGUGCACGACCCGGCGGUUGGUCUAGCUGGUCCUUAUGGUCUUCAUGCUCCCGAUCUUGCGGUAAUGGAGUCGUGAAGCGGGUACGGUCGUGUAACUUCCCAGCCCCGUCCUACGGUGGCGCCGAUUGCCCUGGAGACGCCGAAGAGAUCAAGGCCUGCAAGCUCCAGGAUUGCUGCGAAAUUCGAUACCGAGACCUUGGCUGCUUCAGGGAUGACCAUAAUAUAUACCGACCUCUUCCAAAACUGCUCUUUGACGACAAUGAAAACCCGGCGGUCAUCAGGGAUGACUGGCCGUCCUACCUUUCAGAUCUCAUUUGCAGGUGCGCCAGAGAAACUCGUAAUAAUGGUAUGACCACUUUUGGGAUACAGAACAAUGGGGAAUGCUAUUCAGGGACUCGCGCAGCGGAGACGUAUUUCCAAGAAGGCGAACAGCUUCUCUUCAUGAAACGCACGCAACCUAAGCCCUGGCUAGGCUGUGUCGAUAAUGAAAACAAGGAAUGCCAUGGAAAUAAUCUGGAGUGUGUUGGUCAGGAAAGGACCAACUAUGUGUACACUCUAGAUAACGUGAUGCCUCUGACUGGAAAUUACACUGAAUGGAGUGCAUGGAGCGACUGCUCAAAGUCUUGUGGUGAAGGAGAGCGUUACCGCACCAGGAACUGCACCAACCCGCCUCCCGCAUGGGGCGGACUCGACUGCCGCUACAUCGGCGACGAUCGCCAGGAUGAGAAGUGCAAAAUCCGGGAGUGUCCAACUGACGGAAACUGGGGCACCUGGGGUACAUGGAGUAACUGUACUGCCUCGUGCGGACGUGGCUUUGUCAAGCGCUCUCGCGUGUGUAACAGUCCCCUGCCGUCUAACGGUGGCAAGCCAUGUGCUGGAUUCGCCCACGAGACGGCCGAAUGCGUUAUGACACCCUGUCCAGUCAAUGGUCAAUUCUCAGCGUGGAGCGCCUGGGGAGCAUGCUCAGUGACAUGCGGAAAUGGUCAUCAGAUUCGUACCAGGAAAUGCAAUGCUCCGACCCCUAUGUAUAAUGGCAAGUUUUGCGACGGACCGGAGAAGGAAUUCCAGAACUGCGAGGAGAAUGAGUGUCCAGGGUAUUGGAGCGACUGGACCGGCUGGACGACAUGCGAUCGGACGUGUGGCGCUGGAGGGAAACGCGAGCGAUCUCGUACAUGCCAAGGAGGAUCCAACUGCCCUGGUUCAGCAAACCAGGUGGAGAUGUGCGACGUACAACGCUGCCCACAUUGUUCACAUGACUUGGACCUGACAUUCCUUUUGGACGCCUCUGGAAGUGUGGAUGACGCACAGUGGAAGAUCACCAAGGAUUUUGUCCGUUCAGUCACCAGAGGAUUCAACCUGGCCGACAAUGGAACUCGAGUGUCGGUUAUCACCUACUCCACCAACCCCCAUAUGGAAGUCGCUUUGGAUGAAAAGAACGACAAGGAGGAGCUCGAUGCUUUCCUGGACAGCGUCUCACAACCACGAGGCGACACGAGAAUGGACCGCGCCCUGAACCUGGCCAAGGACCAGCUUAUGAAUGAUGAGAACGUAGCGCGUCAGUCAGUGCCAAAAGCGAUCAUCGUUGUCACCGACGGUGGCUCAAAAGCUAUGACCAAGAUUGCGACGCAAAGACGCGCGAGGGAGUUGAAAGAUAUGGAUGGCGCGACUAUUGCAGUCUUGGGUGUAGGAGAUAAUGUAGACAAAUUCGAGAUGCGGCAGGUCGCUAGUGAUCCUGAUCACGCGUUCCUCGUCAGCAACUACGAUGAUUUGAUGCAGUUCGUAAAGCUCGCUUCGGAUGCGGUGUGUUCCGCCAAGCCUCCCCCGCCACCACCGAAAUGGGGCGAAUGGAGCACCUGGAGUCCUUGCAUGAAGACAUGCGGUACUGGAGUUAUGAUGAGACAACGUGACUGUUUUACAGGCUCUAACUGCCCGGGCCCACGAACGGAUACCAAGAAGUGCAAGGUCCAGAACUGCCCAACUUGCAGCCAGCCAACGGACCUUGCGUUUGCCAUCCCUUUAUCGAGUAACAUCAAGGACAGAGACUGGCAUCACAUCCAAAACUUCGUCAAGGGGACAAUUGGCGCAUUCAACAUCACAUACGACGGCACACACAUUGGAAUCCUGUCCUACUCAUCCCUUGCCACUAUGGAGCUGAGGUUUAAUCGGUUCUUCUACGUAGAAGAUAUCAUGAAUAAGAUUGAUCAAAUAUACCCAGAAGCAAACAGUGAAGAAGGCACGCGACUUGAUGAUGCCCUUCAAGUAGCAAAUUACGAAUUAUUCAACCCCUCAAGUGGCUCCAGGGAUAAUGUUGCAAAAUCGCUUGUUGUAUUAGCGUAUGGAGAGUUCGGCCAUCAGAAGACGGAAGAGAUCAAAGAGCGUCUGAAGCACAACAAUGUUAAAACACUAGUGGUUAGCAUCGCCCAGGAUGAUUCGGACAGAGUCCAGGCGGACGCUAUUGCGGACGAGCCCGCAAACGCAAUGCACGUGAACUCCUUUGCUGACCUCGUGAAGGUCACAGGGAAGGUCGUCAAUAUAUCUUGUUAUGUUCCAGAAGCUCCGCUAAAGAAAAAGCUUCCUCAAGAACUCACCUGGCGCAGCUCGUACUCGCGGUUUGGUGUUCAAUAUUACAAUUCGAACAAUGGCAAGAACGUAGCUUUGGUAAAGCAGCCGCCAGUAGCACAGACCACCGUGCCAUCACAGGAAACGACAGCACAACAGAUGCUUAAGGCUGCCGCAGCAUGGCAGCAGGCCACAGGUCAAACCUUACAGUAUCAGCCAGCAGCACCAAGCGCCUACCAGACGCAACAGCCUACGGUACAGGCUACGGUACAGGCUACGGGACAGCAAGAAGUGGCAACGGAGCCGCAGACUGUACAGCCACUUGCAACAGGUGCAUACCAACAGCCAACAACUCAACCCGAGACGGGAAAUCAAUACCAAGCGGGCUAUUAUGGCGGUCAACAGAUGCAGGACAGUACUACCGCGUCAACAGCGGCACAGCAGUACACCACUCAGUCAGCUCCAACGGCUGCUCCUGCAACCGAACCUCAAGCCACAGUAGCACCACUAGCACAGACCGUCACAGCGCCUGCGCAAACUGAGGCGCCGACCCACACCGCCGGCCCGCCGCAGACCACAGAGCAAGCCACAACAAAUGACUACUGGCAGACUACUCAAGCGUAUAAUCAAGCCAAUGCGGCUUAUCAAGUACAAAACAACGCAGUGUUGAGUACUUUAACAACAACAGCUGGACCUACACAGUCUAUCGUGCCAGAAGUGCCUUACCCUACCUUGUCAACAGCGGCACAGCCCACACAAGCGCAAAAUCCGGCGCCAACCCCAGCACCCACACAAGCGCAAAAUCCGGCGCCAACCCCAGCACCCACACAAGCGCAAAAUCCGGCGCCAACCCCAGCACCCACACAAGCGCAACCUCCGGUGCCAUCCCCAGCACCCACACAAGCGCAACCUCCGGCGCCAUCCCCAUCACCCACACAAGCGUUGUUGCAAACAAUGGCCAAUCAGACACAGCCAGCUACUGCCACGGCCGAGCAGAAAUUUGUUUGUCCACAUGACCUCGAUAUUGUGGUUGCAUUGGACUCCUCAAGUGACGUCACAGCCUUACAAUGGGCACAUCAGAAAAACUUAGUCCGUCAGGUGCUUGGGCACUUUAAGCUCUCAGACAGCUCUACGCACACGGGUAUAGUGGCCUUCUCAACCAUCCCAUCCAUACAGAGUAAGCUGGAUGAGCUCAACGAGCAUGAUGACGUCCUAAAGUCACUGAACGUUCUUCCACGAGACUUGGGUAACAGAAACCUGGUCAUCCUCCUAGAAAUGGCUAAAUUCGAAGUGUUUACCGCCUCGGGAGGAAUGCGCGCUAACGUACCAAAGGUCUUCCUGGUCACAACACUGGGAACCCAGAAAGACCAUAACACCAAUGCCGAAAAAAGCCUACAGUCCUUCUCCAAGCAGCUACAGUACAGUGGUGUCCAGGUCGUAGCUGUGGGUACGGACCAGGUACCAGAGAGCGACCUCAUCGACAUGGCAACAAGGCCGGAUUACGCACUCAGAGUUAGCUCACUGCAAGACAAGGACGAGCCGACCAAAGUCGCAAAAGUUGUAUGCCAUGUUGGAGCACUGCACAAGUUCCAGAACCCACAAGGACCAACUGAGUCCGCAUUACACGCAGCUCAGACAGCAGCUGCUGCCAACCAGGUCAUGCACGACCAGCCGCAACGACUACUUCCUAAUCCAGUCGAACGAAAAGCAUUCGGUUUCCAGUGCCAGCCUGUCUUACAUUACGGCUUCGACAAACUGUGCUCUGGCACCGUCUAUGAUGAGUCUGGCAUGGGAAAUAACGGCAGGAUAGUUGGUAACGCCCAACACAGGGCUGGGGCACUAGACGACCAAGGACUCGACCUGUCUCAAGCCACAAUUCAGCUGGAUGGCCAAAAUUUCCAAGGUAAACCUACAAAUGCUCUAACCUUGGCGACUUGGGUGAACGUGAAGGACGUGUCUGGAGUGAAAGAGAUCUUCGCAACACAAAACUCGGGAGAGGCUGAUAAGAAGGGACAGUACCACUUUGAGAUAUUGGAUCAAGGAAAGAUUCGAUUCUUCCAACGAAACGAGGAUAAGGUAGUUUACGGUAAAACAACCAAGCCGAUUAUUCAGCCUAACCGAUGGACACAUAUCGCGGGCACAUACGACCCUGUCACCAGGGACGCCACGGUGUACGUGAAUGGCGAAGCCGUGCGUGAGUACGAGAGCACGGAGUCCCAGCAAACGGACACGUUCAGCAUGGACUGGAAUAACGAGGCUCAAAUUGGCAACCACCAGGACGGGACUAGGACCACACGGCAGUUCCAGGGAGCCAUGGAUGAAUUCUACAUGUUCCCGUGCGCGCUGCCAUCAGCAGAGAUCAGGAAGCUAAAAGACACUCGAACUAUGCCUAAGCAUCCUGGCGCGUUCCCGGGCGCUAAGCGAGAGGUGUGGCGUCACGUACCGGGUUCCACCAUCAGCGACAUGGCGGUGGACAAGAGCUAUCCUAGACAUCCCACCGAAAUGACGAUCAUGCCAAGUUUCGCGGCGCCUGAGAACGACGGCACCGAUUACGGGAGUCGCAUCAGUGGUUACUUCGUGGCACCUUAUACUGGAACUUAUUCGUUCACCCUUACCGCAGACGAUGAAGCGGAGUUGUUCCUUAGUGAUGGGGCACCACACAUAAGCAAAAACCUGAUAGCGGCAGUCAAGGUUCCGGAUUACGAAAACAAACCAGCCAAACAGACAUCUUCUAAGGUGAACCUGGAAGCCGGUAAAUUCUACUGGAUGGAGGCCCUCCAUAAACAGGGCAAAUCGCACGACGCCCUCACGGUCGGGUACAAUCUUCAGUGCCCUGCGACCUUGGCUGAGUUAACUAGUAGAGCUAGCAUCCCCGCAAGCAGUCUGCAAUACAAGAUUCCAAGGAGCUGUGCGGAGAUAAAAAAGAUGUGGUCUGGUUAUCAAGACGACGAGUACACCAUCCAGAUGAGCCCACAGUGCGAACCAGUGCGGUUAUUCUGUCACGGCAUGCGUACUGCCAAACCCCAGGAAUACAUUACCCUGGACUCGGGACCGGAUAAGAACUACGCCAGCUUCCAUCGCGAGCGUCUGUUGAACUAUGAGUCGUGCUCAGGGAAGACUAACCCAUCGCCACAGCUGACAGAGAAAUACUGGGGAACAUCAAGGUUCAACAAGAUCCGCAUCGACCCAUCAAGCGGACUUAUCCAUCGUGAUGAUUUCACCUUCUCCUUCCAUACGGGUAACCCGGUCAAGUACGGUCGCGCGGGGGACUGCUUCUCUGCCGCGUCCAAAUGUCACAAGGGAAGAUUCAAUAUCGAUCUAACAGGAACCGGUCUGCGCGUGCGUAGUGACAUUGAAUGGGAACAAUGGGGCAGUCCUAAGAUCCCACAUCGAUUACUGAGCUACCGCAAGUCAGACGACGGCACGAAGGUGUUUGGAGAGUGUGGGGGAUCGUGUGGUGGCUGCACGCCCAAAAAUGAACGCCUGUACGUGGAGCCCGCUAGAUGUACCAAGCCUAACCAGCAAGCAGGUAUAGCACGUAACAGUAUCCCUAAACCAAAGAACACAAAGUCGAAGAUACCACAGCAAGGCCACAUCACUACAUUCUAUAAAUCAGAUAAUGGACUUGAUGAAAGCGAAAUGGAAGUGAUUGGUCACGUACUCAGGAAGAAACGGCAAGACAAGAGAGCGCUAGCUGAGAGAAUAAGGAAAUUCAAGAGACACUUAGCCAGGAGACAUAAGUAGACUUUUUGGUGGAAAUGUAGAGUUAUAUUUUUAUGAAAAUGUUAUGAAAAGAUAUUUACAGUUCAUGUGGAGAUUGCUAUGCUUGACAUGACUCAUGUCAAAAAUAUACAACUUUUGGCAAGUGAACUUCAAACAAGGGCAAUUCAAACUGCCUGCAAAUAAAGAGAUGGGUUUUUUAAACCACUUGUAAAUAUAAAGCAACAAAAUCUUGGAGGUCUCUUGUCUUACAGAAGAGAAUUCACUCACUUUUGCAUACCAAUUUUAUAUUCUUCUAAGAUUCUGUUUCUUUUAUCAAGAUGGAAAAACAAUUACAAACUUGGUAAUAAGUGAAAAAAUUCAUAAGCUUCAAGACUUCUAUAGAAAUAAAUAUGCAAAUUUACCUGUGGUGAUAGGAGGAGCUGUCCCCUAGAAAAAUCACGAUAUAAGUUUCAAUAAAUCAGUAAAGAUCUGGAGUCCCAUCUCCCUCUCCAAGGAAGCUUGGUUGCUCUUGCUCCUGAACAUGUUCAAAAAUAAGUUUAAAUGUUGUCUUUUUUAUGAUCAAAACAUUUACUGUAACAGUGUGCUAUAAAAGAUGUAAUUGCGAGUAGGAAUACUGUAACAGUGCGCUAUAAAAGACAUAAUUGAGAGUGGGAAUACUAAUAUUUCAAGGGAAAGAAGGAGUGUGCUUCCUAAAUAUCCAUGUGUCUUCUGGAAUGUAAAGAUUAAUAUUAGGAUACACUUAAAUAAUUAUUUAGGGAAAUAUUUAUUUAUUACAGAGAAUUAUCAAUCAAAACAGAGUAUUAUAUGCAGAUCUCAUUUAGUAGAAAGAAACUGUAGUAAAUGGUGAUGUUGUCAACUACAGUAUACAAUUGUAUUGAAUAAAUGCAAUUUUUAAAGAA